AUGUCUGAAGGAGAAAUCGAAGUCGAGGCCGUUUCCGGCUACCAAGUGCUCCCAAAGGAGGUCACUGAGGAGAUUGGAAGCAUCAAGCUGACAAUCUGCAGCUUUUCAAACAAAUGGAGCUACGAGGAUGUUGAGAUUCGCGACAUCUCUUUGACCGAUUACAUUCAAAUCAGAGCCCCAGUCUACAUCUCCCACUCCGCCGGUCGUUAUGCGCAAAAGAGAUUCAGAAAGGCCAACUGCCCAAUCAUUGAGCGUCUUACCAACUCCUUGAUGAUGAACGGUCGCAACAACGGAAAGAAGCUCAUGGCUGUCCGCAUUGUUGCCCACGCCUUCGAGAUCAUCCACAUCAUGACCGACCAAAACCCAAUCCAAGUUGCCGUUGAUGCUAUCGUCAACUGCGGUCCUCGCGAAGAUUCCACCCGUAUCGGAUCCGCCGGUACCGUUCGUCGUCAAGCCGUCGAUGUCUCCCCUCUCCGCCGUGUCAACCAAGCCAUUGCUCUCCUUACCAUCGGUGCCCGUGAAGCUUCAUUCAGAAACGUCAAGUCCAUUGCUGAGUGCUUGGCUGAAGAAUUGAUCAACGCUGCUAAGGGAAGCAGCAACUCCUACGCCAUCAAGAAGAAGGAUGAGUUGGAGCGUGUCGCCAAGAGCAAUCGUUAA